UUUUCUCCUUUCAUCUCUUUUUACUAUUUACACCUUACUUCCCUUUUCAUCAUUUUCAACCCUUUACACUCUCUCUCAUCCUUUUCUUUCUCCACCUCACACGCUCACAUUCUCUCUUUCUCUCUUGUCUAUAAUUAUAUUGCUCCCAAGUCCCAACCACCUCAAAACCACACACUCACACACACCAAACUCAAACACAUAGAAACAAACCUUCUACCUUCUCUCACUCAACACUUGUUUAAUUUCAACCACACAAAUGGAUCAAGAAUACCACUUUAAGAGGAACCAUGUGCCAGCAUUUGGAAGCUGGGAUUGGAAUGAUAAUCUUCCAUUCACAGAGUGCUUUGAAUCUGCAAGACAAGGUGGUUUUCUUCACUAUAGUUACAACUCUGAAACUGAAGAUCAAGAUCUCUAUGUUGCUGGUGAUUUGUAUGAUAACCAUGUUGUUACUCCUGCUAUGAUUGUUGUUCCUUGUAGAAGGGAAAAGCUACGUUCCCAAAAUGAAAAAGAUGAAAAAAAGCAAAAUUGGGUGAACAAUGUGAUGAAUGAGCCACCAAUGUCAAGACCAACACCAAAACCAGUUGAUGAAGAUUUGUACAAAAUUUCACCAGAUCUUCUUUAUGUCAAAACUACCAAGAAAAGAGGGUUGUGUUUCUUUCCAAGUUGCUUGUUUCCAACUUGCAUUGCAUGAGACUAGAAAAAUUUGAGAGAUUAAUGUAUAUAGAAGAGAUUAAAUGGAGACAUUGUUGAUUAGUAGAUAGAUAUUCUCUUGGAUGAUAUUUAUUUGAUAGUAUAUUAUUUAAGGACCAAGAAGAUUAUCUAUCAUAUUAUAGUAUAUUUCUUUCCAUCUAAAGGAUUUUUUUUAUUAUUUAUUUUAAUAUUUAGUGUUUAAUGUGUUUUCGGUAUCAAUGCUUGGACUUUGAACUUUAUUUGUAAAAGCUCUGUUACCUGAAAUUAAAGAGAAAAAAAAAAGUCAAAAGUUAAUC